AUGAAGUUAACAAAACAAGAAUUAAUUCAAGUUACUGAGCAAGCCGAAUUCUCAUUCUUUUUCGACCUAAUCGCUCGAUAUGCGAAUAUAAUUGUAUCGAUUUUUGGCCUAAUCACAAAUUCAAUUCAUUUAUCGAUUUUGACACAAAAAUCGCUAAAAUCGAAUUCCGUUUUUUUGAUAAUGGCAAUGAUUGCAUUUUUCGAUUUAAUUCUAUUAUUUUCUCUUCUCGCUGCUGAUAUCUUGUAUAUUCUUGAAUAUAACGACGAUGAUUAUUGUUCGGGCUUACAUUAUUAUGAAUUUGGUAUUGCUUCAAUAUUUACAAAUCUCUUCACAAUAUUUUCUCGUUUUAUGGUCAUGUGGAUGACAGUUGCAAUGGCACUUUUGAGAAUUAUAUCACUCAAGUUUGCCAUGAGUUCUUGGUCGGAAAAACUAUCAAAACCAUCGACGGCCUAUUUGAUAUUAUUGAUUUUUGCAUUUCUUGGAUUUUCCUACUGUUUCGCCCAUUAUCUUUUGGUUUAUAACAUCAGGAAAACCCCAGACUUCUUUAUGUGUGAUUUUCCAAGACAUAUACUCACAAAACCACAAUACACAUUGGCUGGAGAAAGAAAAAAUCAUGAAGCUCUGGAAUUUUUCAAUUUUCUAGAUGAAAUCGAUCGAUUUCUGCAGGCCUUUAUGUACAUUUUCUGUACAGUUUGCUUGGCGAUUUUUCUGAGGAAACGAGCGAAAAAUCGAAUAUUACAAAAUCGAGAAGAGCAUGAAAGAGGCGAGAGAACGGAAGGAUUGAUUUUUGUGACCAUUUUUUCAUUUGUGAUUGCAAGAGUUCCAAUGAUAAUCUACACUUUGUGGAUACGAUUUUCAGAUUUUUGGUCGCCACGAUUUUUUAUCACAUUGGCAAUGACAACAAUGGUAAUUUUUCAAACAAUAAAUGCAAGUAUUCAAUUAUUCAUCUGCUUCUUUAUGUCCACACCAUAUCGAGAUGUUGCCAAAAAAAUGUAUUUCUGCGAAAGGAGUAACACGCGAAUCGUUCCAUCUAACCAGUAUGCUGUCAGUGAAGCUGAAAAUUAUAGUUGA